CCCUCGAACCAUCCAUUUACACGUCUCUCGAUGUCCAACGCCAGGAUUUAAUUAAAAAAACAACUGUCAACUUUGGCGCCAAAAAUUGACAGUUAUGAGAGUUUAGUGACGGGGCAAAGAGACGGAACUGUGAUUUUGGAAUCAUGUGUUAAGUGAUCGAGUGACGAUUCAAGAUGGCGACGCCUCCGGAGUCCCCUGUAGAGGAGCAUGCGUACGAGUUGGAGCCGAGUCGGACGCCGAAGCCGAUUCCUGUCGCCUUGGAGGAGCUGUGUAGACAGACAAAGUUUUCCAAACAGGAAAUCAGAGUUAUGUACAGGGGAUUUAAAACGGAGUGUCCAGAGGGAGUGGUCCAGGAAGAAUCCUUCAAGGACAUCUACGCGAAAUUCUUCCCCCACGGGAACUCAGCGCUCUACGCCCACUAUGUGUUCAAGGCCUUCGACGUCAACUGCAGUGGCGCCAUCAGCUUUAGGGAGCUUCUAGUGACGCUUUCAACUCUCCUUCGGGGGUCAGUCUACGAGCGCCUCCGCUGGGCCUUCAGGCUCUACGACGUCGAUGGAGACGGUGCUAUAACCAGGCAGGAACUGGCAGAGGUGGUGGUGGCUGUGCAUGAGCUGUUGGGGAGACGAGCGCCGCCUGGGUCACCAGCUGCGAGACUGGACGACGCUAAGGCUAACGAACAGGUGGACCGCGUGUUCAGGAAGCUUGACUUGAACCAGGACGGCGUGAUCACCAUCGAGGAGUUCCUGGAGUCGUGCCUGAAAGAUGACGUCAUCACUCGCUCGCUCCAGAUGUUCGACACGGCACUAUGACGUCAAUCCGACGCAGCGCGCUCGCAACUUGCCGCCAGGACUGAAGCUAAGCGUGAAAGCCCGUCACUCCGCGUGAUCCGUUACUGCCACUGCGCGCGCGCCGACGCCGGCUUC